AUGAUAACAUCUGAUACAUCUAAAUCUACUACAGUAUCCGAUAUAAGACCAAAUACAACGGAAACGUCUACAAUAUCUGACAUAACAACAUCUGAUACAUCUAAAUCUACUACAGUGUCCAAUAUAAGACCAAAUACAACGGAAACGUCUACAAUAUCUGAUAUAAUAACAUCUGAUACAUUUAAAUCUACAACAGGAUCUGACAUUAGAACUGAUACAUCUAAAACGACUACAUUAUCUGAAAUAUCUGAAACAACUGUAAUUCCACAUAUACCAACUGAUACGUCUGAAUCUACCACAAAAUCUGAUAUACAAACUGAUACACCUGAAACAACUCCUAUAUCUAAAUCGACUAAGCUAAGAGAUAUAACAUCUGAUAUAUCGGAAAUAACUAAAACUCCUGAUAUAACAACUGAUACAUCUGAAUCUACUACAAUAUUCGAUAAAACAACUGAUACAUCUAAAACUACUUCAAUAUCUGAUAAAACAACUGAUAUAUCUGAAACUACUACAAUAUCUGAUACAAGUACUGAUACAUCUGAAAUGAUUACAAUAUCUGAUACAACGACUGAUACAUCUGAAACGACUACAAUAUUUGAUAAAACAACUGAUAUAUCUGAAACUACUACAAUAUCUAGUAAAACUACUGAUUUAUCUGAAAUGACUACAAUAUCUGAUACAACAACUGAUACAUCUGAAACUACUACAAUAUCUGAUACAAGUACUGAUAUAUCUGGAACUACUACAAUAUCUGAUACAACUACUGAUACAUUUGAAACGACUACAAUAUCUGAUAAAACAACUGAUAUAUCUGAAACUACUACAACAUCUGUUACAACAACAUAUAUAUUUGAAACAACUACAAUAUCCGAUACAACAACUGAUACAUCUGAAACUACUACAAUAUCUGAUAAAACUACUGAUUCAUCUGAAACAACUACAAUAUCCGAUACAACAACUGAUACAUCUGAAACGACUACAAUAUCUGAUACAACAACUGAUACAUCUAAAACAACUACAAUAUCUGACACUACAACUGUAACAUCUAAAACAACUACAAUAUCUGAUACAAAAUCUGAUACAUCU